GUGGGAGAAGUGGAAGUCCCAGCAGCCAGUGGAGAUUUCUUCUGGGCUGGAAGAGGGAAUCCAUAUUUUCAUGAAGAAAUAUACCAUUCUAAAGAAGACUCUUCAGAAAUUCAAAGACACUCUGUCAUCUGAACUGGAAAGAGAAUGGGCAAAUGUGACUCUGGAUCCAGACACGGCUCAUGAGCUGCUCACCCUUUCUGAGGAUGGGAAAACCGUUAGCUGGGGUGGCUGGCACGUUCUGCCCCACAAUUCCAAGCGAUUUAAUUUGGCUCCCUGUGUGCUGGGCUGUGAAGGAUUCAUCUCGGGGAGACAUUACUGGGAGGUGGGGGAUGGGGGCGACUGGUGGGCUGUGGGGGUGGCCAGAGAGUCUGUAAGAAGAGAAGAAUGGAUCAGAUGUGACCCUGAGGAGGGGAUCUGGGCUCUGUCCCUUCACACGAAUCAGGACUUCGCUUUCACCUGCCCUCUGACCCUGAGCUGGAGCCCCAAGAGGAUCCGGGUUUCUCUGGAUUAUGAAGGGGGCCAGGUGGCAUUUUUUGAUGCCAAUAGCUGGGCCUCAAUCUUCACUUUCCCGCCAGCCUCUUUUGCUGGGGAGAGAAUCUUCCCGUUCUUCUGGGUCCAUGGCGACGAUUCCCAGCUCAGACUGUACCCAUGA